UUUUUUUUUUUUUUUUUUUCAAGAACUUGGUGGUCAUUUUCAGGAAAAAAGACUACACGUUGCUCUGUGAGUUGUUCAUCUAAAGUAUCUUUGAUCAUGUUAUUGUGAUUGCGUGUGUGAUUAUAAUUCUUGGCCAUUUUUGCUAUUAAUAAUUUGAUACUUUUGUCUUUUCUUUUUUGUCUUUUUGUGUUUCCAAUGUAUGUAAUCUCUUUUUGAUUCCCUAGUUUUCUACAACUUUUUUUUUUUUUUUUUUUUUUGUGAUCUUCUAAGAACGUCUCUUUCAUGGAUUCUUGCGAAAUUGUUCAUAGUUAAUCGCUUUAUAUGGGCCUUUUGUUUAUGUUGCAGCGUGAAAUUUAUAUGUGUCUUGGAAUUUAAUUGUGGUUUUCUGAUAAGAUGCUCUGUAAAUGUAAAUAUAAUUUUGAAAAAAUUCUACCAUCAGCAAGAAUUAGUGUUUUUUAUGUUAUGAAAAAAUGGAAUUCUCUCAAGCAGACUACAUGAUUGAGGACUCUGACGAAUGGGACAAUAAGUUUCCUAAUACCUUCAAGGGAUUUCCCUCAGCAACUAAAAGUCAGAGGCAUGGUACUUACUGGCUUGCAGAGUAUGACUUUGACACUGUUACUCAACAGAAGGAAGAGGAGAACCCUUGGGAAUAUCCUGCACGCAUCAUAAUGAAAAAGGAUAUGAAGAUUAAAGAUGUGGUGAAGGAACAUGUGCUCCCGUUGCUUCCUGCUAAAUCGCUUACGAAGUUUAGGGCUGUGUCCAAAGAAUGGGAUAAAUGGAUAGCUAGUCCCUUAUUAACCCACCAACAAAGUUUCUCUUGCCAGAGUUUUUCGGGCUACUUCUAUCAAGAUACGGAGAUGGGAGGGAAUCCUAUGUUUUUAUCCUUGGACCAUUCUGCAAGUGGAGUUCCCAGCCAAUUCCUUGAUUUCCUGCCAGAGCAAUAUGUCAAAAUUCUUUGCUCUUGCAGCGGGUUGCUCCUUUGUCAGGGGUCUGAGAAGUAUUAUGUUUGCAAUCCUGCAACCCAAGACUGGAAAAUGCUCCCUCUUCCUCAGUAUUAUCACGGGGAUGAACCAGCAGUUGUUCUUGCUUUUGAGCCUUCUCUUCGUAACAUUGAGGCAUAUUAUCAUGUUAUCUGUGCAUUUCCUAUGCUUGGUCACCCAAUAAUCUGCUUUGAGAUUUACUCUUCAGAAUCAAAUUCUUGGAGCUUCUCUUCUGCAUGCUGUACUGAAAAUCCAAAGCUUCUCGGUGGGGGUUCGUAUAUGAAGGGGGUUGCUUACUAUGAGACGACAUCAAACGAAGUACUGGCCUUUGAUGUAAAAAACGAGAUCCCUGCAAUUAUAUCUUUACCUGUCCUUCAAGUUGGGAGACAUGGAUCCUUAACACAGAUGGAAGGUGAGUUGUGCUACGUUAGUGCUAACAACGAAUGUGGAAAUGUUUUCUUAAUAGAUAUCUACCAAGGCAUGGAAAUGAUCCUGAGGCGCAGUGUUAGUAUCAAUCUUGGAGUCGAUAGGGGUUUUACUCAAGCAUGCGAGGUACUAACCUGUGUUAACAGUGAUGCUGUGGCAAUUCACGUUGGCGGAUUCAUAUACUUUUAUCAUAUCAGGCAGCAGAAAGUUGAGUUUAUAACAAGUCCAUGUGCUACGGGUCCUGGCAAAAAGUUCCUGCCUUACAUAAACAGCCUUGCUAUGCUACAUGAGCUGAUGGAGACUUAAUUCACUAUGUUAAUUGUUUUUCCUUACAGUAGAAAAUGACUGCUUACAUCGUGACUUGGAUGUAUAAAAGGAACAUGCCCGUUGACGUUCUCUGUUUGGUAAAUAACGGAUUUUGAUUAGGGAAUGGUUUCAUGUUUGUUA